UUUCAAUUCAGCGGGUAGACGGUGCAACAUAUUGAUCAAAAUUAUUUUUUUAAAAGUUUUAGAAUGAAUGAAGAUGUGCCGACGGCGUAACAUAUAUAUAGGCCUGAAGGUGCGUUGCCAAGUUGUAAAAUUAUUGUUUGUGUUGAAAGUGGGCGGAGCCAAAAUUCUGUUGAAAAUGGGUGGAGCCAAAGUUUUUGAGUGGGUGGGUGUGUCCUUCAUGUAUAAUAGUCGAGGCUCGGGACAAAAUGUCAAAAUGGUCGAGACUCGAGACUCGAGGUCGCCAACUCGAGACUCGAGACAAAAGGUCGGGGCUCGAGACUCGAGACCAUGA